UUUGUGAACUCACAUAGCACAACACAGACCUUCCCUAAAACAAAAAAUCAUAAUGUUCAAGUUGGUGGUGUUGUCUGCUCUCCUCGCCGUAGCUGCUGCUGCUCCAGGCUUCUUUGCUUCGCAUCCAGUUGUGUACUCCGCACCAGUCGCCACAGUUGCCGUGCAUGAGCCCGUUCUGACCAAAGUGGGCGCCGUGGUUCAGAGCGUGCCCACAUCAGUCUCCCAUCAAAGUCAAUCGGUUGUACACAGCUCUGCUCAUCUUGUUGAGGAUAUUGUUGCACCGGUUGUCAAGACUAGCUAUGUAGCCACUGCUCCUGUUGUACAUACCUACGCUGCACCCAUUGUGAAGACAAUCGCUUCUCCAUUGGUUUUGAAAUCGUGGUAAAUCGUGGACGCUGUGAUGUACUGCAUGAAAGCUUGGAUUAGUUGUUGGACGUUAUUUUUUAUUUUUAUUUCCUUUAGAACUGUC